UGCUGACGUAAGACGUGUGAACAACAAACAGUUGCUGGACUCCAACAAGCUAGCGAAUCGUAAGGCUAGACAAAAACAGGUUCAACGUACUUCUCCCGGAGAGGGAGAUACCCACCAGAGCUGUGCGGUCGGGAUAUCUUGAUAACCUUAAUUAAGACUAUUAGUACUGGCAAGUGUAUUUUCGGCACGGUUCCCAGCGCUAAUGUUAGCCGCGGAAACAUGUUCAAUGCUCGGAGUGUGACGCCUGUCUUUUUUCUGGCUGCCGCUGGUCGAGGGUUGUGAUAUGAGCUGAGUUGCACCGCGACAGAAGGUGAGACAAGAGCCACAGCCGGGAAAUAAUUUCUUGACACAGAAGAAUGGACUUUGUCGGGGACAGACAGACCGGCUCACGCAAAGAAGCAGGUGUGCGACCGUACACGGGCCUGGAUGUCAUUGUUGGGCAACAACUUUAGCAACCUAGCUAACAUUAGCUCGUUCAAAUUCAUGCAAAUGAAUCGGCUCGGUGUCGGGCAGUAAUCUCACUUUGCUAGCGUAAUGGAGGCACCCUGAGUGACUUGUUCGUUUCAAUUGACUGUCCUGGUGCUCUUUAAUACUGCUGGCAAUGUGCUGACGAACAGUGAGCCUUUCGUCGGUUCCCAUUCGGAGCAAUAAGACACGGUUGGCAGAAAUUUUUAAGUGGUGGAUGUCUGCAUAGGUUAUAGUUGAGUAAAGAAUUACUGAGACAUUAUCUAUUUCACACAGCUGUCACAUAUUUCGUGUAUUGAAAUGUGUGAAAUUGCACUUUAGGUAAUAUAUAAGGCCAAAGUCAUCUAUGAUUUGGGGUUUGUGGUAACUAAUGUAAAUCAAACCCAGUACAGCAAACCAGUCAAGAUACAGGUUUAAUAUUCUGAUUGCACUUGAAAUUAAUUUGGACAACUAAGAACUGAGUAGGUGUAUAUCUACAUAUCUAGUGAGGAUAGAGGCAAGAGAAGGCUUAUCCAUGUCAGUUGAUUCCUAGUUAAUAUUUAACUCAAUACCUAUACUGUCUGGCACAGUUUAAGACUAAGUUUCACUGGAAAUGAAAACAUGAAUAUCGAAGAGCAAUGUCUAGAUUUGUGCAAUGUCAAGACAAAAAGCAAUGUGGACACUGAUCACAACACUACCAACAGCUCAGAAGGGGUCAUCCCCCGGAUAUCUGAACUGAUGACGGACAUUAACACAGAAAAACAAAACAUUGCUCCCACAGAGGCUUCCAAAACGUAUUUAAUGCCUCAGCUCACUGAUAACCUUCAGGCUGCCCAGGAGGAGGAUAACCAUCAGGCACAAAACACACUGGAAAUUGAUGAGGUCAAUGGAAAUAGACAGAGCAGUGCCCAAGACACCCAUUCGGUAGUGAAUCCCACUGAGGCUAUCUUUUCUAACGAUGAGCAUCACAAGGACGAUAUUGAGGGGAAGAAAGUGAAGGAAGAUAAGGACAUUGAACCUGCAAAGUUUGUUGUGGAGGAAGGAUAUGAUGGUGCGGACAUGGACAUAGGUGUAGAUCUGACCCUCAAUGAGAGUGGGGUGUUGGAGGCUGAAUCAACAAACGUCAAAUCACUCUCAGAUAAUACUUUAGACUCAGAGUCCACAUCUCAGGGUGUCCCAGCUGGCAGCUCGGCACAGAGCCUGUCAGAUGCAAGCCAAACGAGUGGCACAGAGACUUCUGCCACAGACCGGGCUGGACUGUACCCCUCGGUGGAGGAGGGCGAGGAUAAACACAAACCAAGCGGCAAAAGAGUGACAUUUCCCUCAGAUGAGGAUAUUGUCUCUGGAGCAGUGGAGCCCAAGGACCCCUGGAGACAUGCUCAGAAUGUGACGGUGGAGGAGAUCCUCUCUUCCUACAAACAGGCCUGUCAGAAACUCAACUGUAAAAUUAUACCCAAAGUCCUCAAGCAGAUACAGGAACUGAAAGACCUGACACAACGAAAUGAAUGCUUAGAUCUGAAAGGGGAGAAGCUGGACUACAAAGCGUGCGAGUCUCUGGAGGAAAUUUUGAAAAGAGUGCAGUUCAAAAUUAUAGACCUGGAGCAGACCAACCUGGAUGAAGAUGGUGCAUCAGCUCUGUUUGACAUGAUCGAGUACUACGAGUCAGCCACACAUCUCAACAUCUCCUUCAACAAGCACAUUGGCACUCGAGGAUGGCAGGCCGCAGCUCAUAUGAUGAGGAAGACGAGCUCUCUGCAGUAUCUCGAUGCACGCAACACUCCCCUGCUGGACCACUCGGCUCCCUUUGUAGCACGAGCGCUCAGGAUCAGCGGCAGCCUGGCAGUCCUCCACCUGGAGAACGCUGGCCUGUCUGGCAGACCUCUCAUGUUACUGGCCACGGCUCUGAAGAUGAACAUGAACCUGCGGGAGUUGUACCUGGCAGAUAACAAGCUCAAUGGCCUGCAGGACUCAGCCCAACUUGGCAACUUGCUCAAGUUCAACUACAACAUUCAGAUCCUGGACCUGCGCAAUAACCACAUCCUGGACUCUGGUCUGGCCUAUGUGUGUGAAGGACUAAAGGAGCAGAGGAAAGGCCUCGUCACAUUGGUGCUAUGGAACAACCAGCUCACACACAAUGGCAUGGGCUACCUCGCUGCCGCACUGCCAUGCACCCAGAGUCUGGAGACGCUGAACCUCGGCCAUAACUCUGUGGGUAACGAAGGGGUCCACAAGCUGAAAGACGGACUCAUCGCCAACCGCUCUGUGCUCAGACUGGGACUCGCUUCCACCAAACUCUCCUGCGAAGGAGCUGUGGCUGUGGCUGAAUUCAUCGCUGAGAGCCCCAGACUGCUGCGUCUGGACCUUCGAGAGAAUGAGAUCAAAACAGGCGGACUGAUGGCCUUGUCGCUCGCCCUGAAAGUCAACACCUCUCUGCUGCGUCUCGACCUGGACAGGGAACCCAAGAAAGAAACUGUGAAGAGUUUCAUUGAGACCCAGCGUGCCCUGCUGGCUGAGAUCCAGAAUGGCUGCAAGAGGAACUUCAUCCUGGCGAAGGAGAAGGAGGAAACAGAGCAGAAAAUGAGACAGUCGACGUCUAUGGCUGAAAUCGACACAGAGGAUGGGACCAGAGAAGAGGAGGAGCAACCAGCAUCAGAAGAGACAGGGCAGACAGAGAAGAAAGUGGGAGAAGAUGGUGAAACAACAGGAAAUGAAGGACAGAUGAGCACCGAGUCAGGAACGAGCACUGACGCCGGUGCUUCUCAAGUGAAUCCGGAGUCGGACUCGGACACUGACGAUGAAGAGGAAGAGGAGGUGGUGACCAAGUCCUCUUCUAUGUCAAACUCCUCCGCUCGCCUAAACCAGACUGCCCCUCAAACCCACACAGGGGUUGCACAGCCCCUGAUCAGUGCCUCGCGUUCAUCCUCGUCUGCGGCCGCCUCACCUGCCGGCGGGCCGAGUGUCAUUUCUGGCAUCACCGUCACAGAAUCUGCAGCUCCUCCCGGCACCCCUCCAUCUCCUGGUCGCUGCAUAUCUGUCUCUAGUCCAGGGAGGGGUCAUAAGAUCUUCAUGGUAACUCGGGUGGAGAGCCCGCCUGAACAACAGCAGCAGCUACAACUCAAGCUGAGCACACCUGCAGCUCCCAGCCAGGCUAAAGAGGCCUCAAAGAGACCUGCAGACAAGAACACACCCACUGCGCAGCAGACACAGCCUCCACCUCCUUCUCAAACCCCUACACAAACACAACUGACACAGGAGGAUGUGAAGGAGAGCUCAUCUGCUCUGCCAACAGACUGUAAGCUGACAGAGCAGAGUCCUGUAGCACACUUAAAGACCGCACUAAAUACUACACACACUCACACACUAGAGCCACAGUCUGCGAGUUAUCCCACAGAGCAUGUGACAGCUAGCACUUUAGACCAAGAAGCGACAGAUCCGAGUCAACAAGCACCAGCCCUGCCUUCAGAUUCCUUAUCAGUACAGCUCACUGGAGAGGUAACAGAGAGCACUAAAAGCCCCCAACCUGAGAGAACUUGUGUAGAAAGAAACAAAGAAGGAGAAGAGGAGGAAGGUCAGAGAAAAGACGGGGGGCAGGUGAUGUCCCGUGACAUCACAGAAGGAGAGUGUCAACAGCUAGACGGACUGAGUCAAAUUCAGACCAGUAUCUCAGCAGUAGAAACACAGCAGCAGCCAUUACCGUCUGCUCUUGAACAGCUACAGAAUGAGCUAGCGUCUGCCUCAGAAGAAACCCGGUCACAGAACCAAACAGAGCAAGAAGGAGAUGAAGAGGAGGAGGCAGUGAAAGACACACCAGCCAGCUUCUCAGAAAAUGAAAAAUCCAGUUUAACAGAGAACAAGUUCAGCCAGCCAAACCAAGAGGAACCACAUCCCAAGCAGGAAGCAGAGGCAGAUAAACAGGGACUAGAGCCCGUUCUCUCUGACGAGACCGAUCAACAGACACCACCGGGAGCUCAGGAGGCAAAUCCUCUGGCAGGAGAAGCUUCAAAGAGUCCCGAACCCGCCUCGAUUGUGUCCGUCUCCCUGAGCGAAGUGGAGGAUUCACCUGACGAAAGCUCUGCAGAGGAGGGUGAGUGUUUCACUGAGGCUCAGGAGGAGGAGGAGGAGGUAGUUGCUUCAGCUCUACCCAACGGCCUGAAGCCCGAGUUCUCCCUCCAUCUUCUCGACAGUGAAAGCCCCAAGCCUGGCAGCUGUGUGAUGGAGCACGUGAGUGUGAGCUGCGGACAAGACCUGGAGGAGCUGCUGCUUGAAGCCAGUUUGGAGACGGGCAGAGAUGCGCCAUGAGGCUCUGGGGUAAACAUUUGUGGCCCCGGAAGACACAGGAGAAAACCGCACUCGGACAGUUUUGUCUGGCUCUACUACAUGACUGGUUGCCCUACAAUGUUUUUCUUGUUUCUUUGACUUUACCACCAACAUGACCUUUCCACAAAGGACAGAAGACCUGGUGUUGCAGUCAAAUCUCCACACGUGAACGUACAAACAAAUUACGGAAAGACACAAAGGACUAAAUCAUCCUGUCCAACUUGACUGUAACUAACAAGCAGUCAUUUACAUCCACACUACAUCAACCAAUGAAACACUCAUACAUGUGUAUAUUGAGUAUGAGGAAGGGGGGACGGGAGGAGAAACGAAAUCACCCUGCUGUCACUACAUUUUGUCAAUCUGCAGUCUUUAACAAGCAGCUGCCUGUGAGUGAGAAAGAAGAGAUGGAGACAAAGGGAGGAGGAGAAAACACUAACCAAAGACAGAACGCGGACCUUUCUCACAGUUUACUUGCUCUCUUGUGUAGAUUUCCACUGUAGUUGGGAAAGUAACUAAAAGUUUUGUCACAUCACACGCACACACUCACACGAAGACUUAGCGGUGAUAAUGGGGGAAAAACGGGGUUGACGGCACAGUCGGAAGACAAAAUAACGGUGACGGACCCUGCUGAGCGCACUUGCUGGCUUUAAACACUUGCUCCAGAGGUGCAAGUAGGUCACCGUCAAAAGCUUUUAUAUCCGAGGAAGCUGAAGAUGUUGAAAUGUCUGCUUAAAUGUCAACAUUUUAUGUCUGUGUCCCCACUGUCCUGACCGUUCUCUACCUUCGGGGAGAAAAAAAAACAAAAGAAGAAGAAGAAACGCUUAAAGAACCUCUGCCAAAGUGACCUCCUCUCCCGUCUGUUUUCUCUUCGUCUGCUCACUUUGGCCCCUCAGGAAUCAGCACACCCCCCACCCGGUCAGGCUCCUCAGGUCUCACUUGGAGGAGCUGCAACUCCCCUGUCCCUCCCCUGUCUACACUUUUUUGAAACCCCUCGCCGCCCCGGCUUGAAAGUCCAGAACUUCUGUGAAUGUCGGAAAGCAAGAUGUCAGCUUUCAGUUGUUAUUUACAGAAAAAAAAACAUCUUUUCCUUUCCCUGAUGUUCUGCAAUUUCAGACGCCGUAAUUACUUUGUUCAGUUAGUCAUUGUUGUGUCAAACUCCUUCUAGCAAAGCAGCUCAGUCUCCGUCAUCGCCUCCCCUCUCCUUCCUCUCGUUCCUUCGUCAUCUGCUGGUACUUUGUACUGUCUCACCUCUCCAUUCCAGCACAUCAUUUAUGUUGCCUUCAAACUCACCACUUCGGUUUUCUGUCUUGUGUGUGUGUGUUUUUUUUUGUUUGGCUGCUUUGAUAAUUCAGUUAUUUUGUAUUUAUUUUAUAGCUAUAUGAGCCGUUUUUCUGCUUUAUUUUUUUUCCCCAUUUCUUCUUCAUUUUAUCUUUUAUUUUCUUUUGGGGGUUGCUUUUAAAAAUUAGCCCUAUUUUUUGAUGUAUAUUUCAGAUUCAAACUACUAGAGCAAAUAUUUAGUUUUGUUUUUUGGGGUUCUGGGCGGGGUAAUAUGUGUUGGGAGAAAAAGCAAAUAUGAUUAAAUGGUUGACCAUGGUAGAGGCUGGGCUGCAGUAAAGAAAGCAAACACAAGGAAGCAGCAAACAUAACAGUUCUCCUUGAAGUCCUUGUUGUUGUUUUAACACUACUCUGCUGGGUGACGCUGAGGCCACAAGGGGGCGCUGCUGGUUGUGUUGUUGUCCAUCAGUGGAGACAUAACUGAAGGAUAUCACAGUCCGAACAACAACGUGGUGCAGCCGCUGGCGUCUUCUGCUCAUAUCCAGCUCCUGUGCCGAGUCUUUUCACAGCAGAGCAGUGAAACCUACAUGAAAUAUCUUGUUGUUUCGUGAAGAGAGCUGCUUUACCCUGCUUUCAAUUUGUCCCUGAAGCAGACACUGGCAGGUGUGUUGUUUGUUUGUUUACUCCCUCCCUCCAAAAAGGAGCAGCAUUCAACACUCCUGCUGCUCUACACCCAAUGGAUAGUUUGCCCCCACUGUUUGUUAUGCUUUAAUUUUUAGAAAUUUUUAAUAAUAAUUUGUUAACUUAAUUGAAAUGUGCUGGUAAUCACAAAGAUAUGUAUGGCGAAAUUUGUUCCUCUCAAAUAAAUGCAUGUAAUGAUUAAUGAUGUGACUGUAUGUUUCAAUGAAAUUACUCAUAUUGGGACUUCAGAAAUGUCUGAACUCUGCAGAUGAAUGCAUAAAUUGUGUGUCUUUGAAACAUCCAUGAAAGUGUUUGCUCACAGACCAGUUUUGCAGGCAGUAGACUGCACAUAUUGCAUCUAUUAAACCAAUAAUGCACAAUUAGAUGAUUAGUCAUCAGGCCAACAGUUUUUCCGUUUGGCCCUUAAGGUCCCACACUGUUUCCUGAGUUGUGGCCAAAAAAAAGCAGAGAAAAGCAUUUUUGAGAAGUUCUAAUGUUUGCUUUUGUUUCUUGUGACAUACUAACUGUAGAUAAUGUUAGAUGUUUCAAGGCUGCUGAAGAUGAUCCAAAUAAAACUGAGGCUGAUUGUCCACAGUCUCACUUGAAGCCUGA